UGCUGCUGGUGGUGGGGGGGUCGAUUUAGGAGACGGUCAAUUUUCUCGAAACAAAGGAUUGGAUAUCUCCAUCAUCUUGCCUGCAGUGUGUGUCUGUACCUAUACAGUGAUAAGACUGGGGAGAAUGAGCAGCAGCAGCAGUUGCAGCUUUUUGAUUAAAAAAAAAAACUUGUGUACUCUUCUGUUCACCUCAAUCCUGUAUGUUUGCAGUGAAUAUUUACAUUUAUAUACACAUAUGCAUAUAUAAAUACAUAGCUGGGUGCCUUGUCCUGAUGUUUGACGGACAAAUACAGAUUAUCGUGGCAUAAAAAUGAGGAUUACUGCAAGAAAUGUGAGUAUGGACAACACGAGUGGGCUGCGUCUUUACGCACGUGUGCGCUCCAGGUUUAUAAUGGACAGAAAGUGACACGCAGGGUGUGUGUGUGUGUGUGUGUGUGUGUGUCUGUGACAAUGUGUUAGUACUUGAAAUGUUGCUGUCGCGGUUGGGGGGUGAAUUCACUGCAGGAGGACAAAAACAAAGAGGUUCUGUGGCUCAAGGGCAACACAACAAAAAAGGCAGGCGCGUGGACUUGUUAUGCUGCAGUUGUUAAUAUCACUGAGUGUGUGUGUGUGUGUGUGUUUGUGUGUGUGUGUAUUCAUUCAUUAAUUCGUGCAAGGCAAAAAAACAAUAACACAUAAAGGCUGAGGCUAAAUUACUAUGCAAGUGGAGUUAAAUGAAGAAGGGCGCGCCUGCUGGCGUCGUUUUUUAUAUAUAUACUAUAUACAUAUAUAAAUAAAUAUAAGAGUAGUAAACGGUGCUUGACUCUCAUUCUUAAUGCAAAGGUCUGCUCCCGUGAUUUAGGAGGCCGCGCAACCUGAAUUAGUUGAUGAAUUUUCUAUCGAUCCUCAACAAGGCCAGAUUUAUCUCUGACACGGUCGCUGCUGCUGCUGGGUGGCGCCCGAGUCAGGCCACUCAUCCCCACUCCACGUUAUUAGCGUUUUAAAAGCAGCAGUGGUGGAAAAAAGAGAAGGAAAGAAAGGAAAGAAGAAAAAAAAAACUUUGGCAAUCAGCUCCCUACACACACCCAAUAAAUAUAUACACACAGACACGCGCAGGAGGCGCCACGAGCCUCCUCAAGCGCUUUCUCUCUGCUGUUUCUUCUCUCUCUCUCUCUCUCUCUCUCUCUCUCUCCCUCUUUAUUUGAAGUUAGAGCCAGACUCUUAAUAAGAGGGAGAGGGAGGACUGACUCUCAUCUGUGCUGCAGCCUGAGUUCACGCGCGGCCUCGAGAGCAAAAUACAAGCUGAUUUGUUUUAUUUUUGUUUUUAUUUAUUCCUCAGUGUGUAUGUUUGUUUUGUGUGUUUGAAGCGCGUGGGCAAACAGGCUAUAAAAGGAGAGUUGUGCAUAUGGAGAGAGGGGGGAGGCAUUGGGGGGAGGUUAUUGUAAGAGUGAAUGCCAACAAACUGAGGCCAUAUGAUAAUGCGCGUGCGGGGGGCUCUGUAUAUGCUUAAUCCCAUUUCCUUAUCCGGGGUUUGUCCCGGAGGCGCGCCCAUUGGCCGGCUGCCGUCACGUGGCUCCUUAACUUUGUUCACUUGACAGAAAAGUAGGAGGGUUCAACGGAACAGGAAUAACCGAAGAGUAAAGGGAUGAGAUAUAAAUUUUAGUUAUAUAUUUUCCGAGUCGGUGCAAUUCCACAAAAAGACUGAAAUUAAUGGCCAUGAGCUCCUAUUUGAUCAACUCCAACUAUGUGGACCCGAAGUUCCCACCGUGCGAGGAGUACUCACAGAGCGACUAUCUGCCCAGCCACUCUCCGGACUAUUACAGCUCUCAGAGGCAGGAGCCUGCCGCUUUCCAGCCGGACUCCGUCUACCACCACCACCACCCACAGCAGCAGCAGCAGCAGCAGCAGCAGCAGCAGCAGCAGCAACAGCAGCAGCAACACCGCGCACAUGCCCCGAACCACCAGCCACAGCACCGAGGCGAGCCGCCCUACACGCCGUGCCAGCGUGCAGCGCAGCCCGCCUCGGUUGUGAUGUCCCCUCGGGGUCACGGGUUGCAGACCACCCCAGUCCCGGAGCAGAGUCACCGCUGCGACUCGGUGACACCCAGCCCGCCUCCGCCUCCGUCCUGCGGCCAAACGCCCCAUAGCCAAAGCACUUCUUCUUCCCCCGCGAGCACACGCAACAAGGACCCCGUAGUCUACCCGUGGAUGAAGAAAGUCCAUGUAAACAUCGUGAAUCCAAACUACACGGGUGGAGAGCCGAAGCGGUCGCGGACGGCCUACACGCGCCAGCAGGUUCUGGAGCUGGAGAAGGAGUUCCACUACAACCGGUACCUGACGCGCAGGCGCAGGGUGGAGAUCGCGCACACGCUGUGUCUGUCAGAGCGGCAGAUCAAAAUCUGGUUCCAGAACCGGAGGAUGAAAUGGAAGAAGGACCACAAGCUGCCCAACACCAAGGUCCGCUCCGGGACAAACAACAACAACACAAACUCCCAGGCUAUAACAGGUUCACAGAACCGCUCCGCUGGACCACUAUAGCCCGACACUAUACUAUUUCUUUUUUUUUGGCCACUCUUUUGUCUCACGUGUGUUUUUCCUAUAUAUCCACUUCUUAAAGUGAACAGUACCGAACCGGCAGCCACGCUUGUAACCACCGGAACUUGCACUUUGGACCGGAAUAACGCUUUCACCCUGGAGGGGAGGGAUGUACAAGGAUGUAUGGAUGGAUGUGUGGAUGUGCCCCCUGCUGUGCUCAUGUUACACACUAUAUAUAAUAAUAUGACGU